CGGCGCCUUGUCCCGAACCACCCACCAUCCCCCUCCCCCAUCAUGAAUCUGACAUCGGCACCCACACCCCUGACGAGCAAGGCGGCGUACCUGCGCACAUUGCCCGCCAUCCGCGAGCGCUGCAGCCGCGUUUUCGAGAUCGCAAAGAAGGGUGGCCUGGAGUACUUUGAUUACCACCCCGAGCAGGAGUCUACGGUCGUGGAUUACUGCGCGAACAUCAUCACGAGGGACUUUGGGACGAAUUACGCGAGCAUCCCUCCCCACGGCCGAUGGAGACAUCUUGACGCUGGCCGCCCACGCGUGGAACCGAUGAUGGCAAAAUGGGACGUCGAUGUGAAGGAGAAGACACGUCGCAUCGUCGAUAUCUUCAUCGUGUCUGUCCUGCUCGAUGCUGGCGCGGGGAACGCAUGGGCGUACAAGGAGCCGGCUUCAGGGCAGUCAUUCGGUCGCUCGGAGGGUCUCGGCGUCGCGAGCAUCAACAUGUUCGAGCAGGGCUUCUUCUCGGGAGAUGCUUCGCAGCCAUUCCAGGUAGAUGCUGCCGGUCUGGCGCGCAUCACUGCAGAGAGGACAGCCGCCGCGAUGCAGGUCAGCGAGUCAAAUCCGAUGGUUGGCAUCGAGGGCCGCGCAGCGCUGCUCGCGCGCCUCAGCGACGCACUGAAGGCGAACCCCGAGUACUUCGGCGAGAACGCACGGCCGGGCAACGUCGUCGACUUCCUCGAGAAGCACUCAAAGCUCGUCGGCGAGCAGCGCGUCGUGCCGGUCGCCGCGCUCUGGAGCGCGCUCAUCGACGGCUUGAACGCGAUCUGGCCGCCUUCGAGGACGAAGUUGGGCGGCAUCUCGCUUGGUGACGUAUGGCCCUGCGGUGUCCUGGCGAAGGAGGCGAAGGAGGAGGGCGAUGACCUCGUGCCGUUCCACAAGCUCACCGGCUGGAUGUCGUACAGCGUCAUCGAGCCAAUUGAGAAGAUCCUGGGCUGGAAGUUCCAGGGCAUCGAGGAUAUGACGGGUUUGCCUGAGUACCGCAAUGGUGGUCUUCUGCUCGACCUUGGUGUACUCAGCCUGAAGCCAAACCUGCUCGAGACAGACGCGAAGUCCGGCUUGCCCCGCGUCACGCCAUCUCACCCUGCUGUCGUCGAGUGGCGCGCUAUGACCAUCAUCAUGCUGGACCGCAUCGCCGAUGGGUUGCGCAAAAAGCUCAACGCGGACCUCUCCCUCGCCCAGGUACUCGAGAGCGCGACCUGGAAGGGCGGCCGCGAGAUUGCGAAGGAAAAGCGGCCGGAGACCUGUGGCCCGCCCCUCGAGAUAGAGAGCGAUGGUACUGUCUUUUAGUUGUGUGUGGACUUGUUGCGAUCGGGUGUACUGAGUGGAAUAUAACUUUGCUGUAUAUCACUGCCGACGAUGCUCGAAAAGGUGUAGAUAUGGGCGUUAUAAUGUUCGGAAAUUCAGAAAACGAUGACACUACAUAGAUCGUAAAAAAUGAGCGUAGCGGUUGAGGACGUCGCAGAAAUACGAGUGAGCGGAAGAAAAUUGGU